GUGCAUACGUCAUGCUCUUUUAUUCUUCUAUGUAUGAAUCAUGUCACUGUGAGAGAGACUGAACAGAGGUUCAGACUGUUGUGUGAUAUCAGGUAAAUCAAGAGUUGUAUUAUAAACAUGAUGCACAAUGGAAGGCUCUGGUAACGCUGACGUUAACGUCCUCUACUGUUCCAGCCUCCUUCAGCCUCAUUCUGCUCUCACAGACAGACGUUGUCUCUACGUUCAGCUGUCGGCUGCUCUCGGCUCUCUCUCGUGCCUCAUCGGUAUUCCUGGGCAAUCCUCGGCGCGCGCCCCCCAGUCCAGCAGCAGCAGCAGCAGCGGCACGCGCAUCUCAGGAGAGAGGAGGACAGGGCAUCUGCAGAGCUCGAGAGGCUUCUGAGCGGACCUGGACUGGACUGACGCCAUGAGUUCGCACCGUGUGUGAUCAGGUGUGAUGUUCUGGUAGUGAACCGCUACUCUACAGGCUGAUGUGGCGUCGCGCGAGGAGCCCGAACACGACCAUGAAGCUGCUGCUCGUGCUGACACUCUUAUGGCGCGAGGCGUUGUGCGGCUCUCCGAGCGUCCAGAUCGGUGGUUUAUUCCCCAGGGGUGCAGAUCAGGAGUACAGUGCAUUCAGAGUUGGCAUGGUUCAGUUUGGGAUGGCAGAUUUCAGACUGACUCCACACAUAGAUAACCUGGAGGUGGCCAACAGCUUUGCUGUCACUAACUGCUUUUGUUCCCAGUUCUCUCGAGGUGUCUACGCCAUUUUUGGCUUCUACGACAAGAAGUCCGUAAACACCAUCACAUCCUUCUGUGAGACGCUACAUGUCUCCUUCAUCACACCGUCUUUCCCAGCAGAAGGAAUGAAUCAGUUUGUUCUCCAGAUGAGGCCGGACAUCAAGGGGCCGCUAGUGUCAUUAGUGGAGUACUACAAAUGGGAAAAGUUUGCGUAUCUAUACGACAGCGACAGAGGUCUUUCUACUCUUCAGGUAAUACUGGACACUGCAGCAGAGAAAAAAUGGAUUGUGACGGCGAUAAAUGUAGGAAACCUCAAAGAUGAGAGGAAGGAUGAAGCCUACCGCUCCCUGUUUCAGGACCUGGAGAUCCGUAAGGAGCGACGAAUAAUCCUGGACUGUGAACAGGACAAAGUCAAAGACAUCAUGGAACAGGUGAUCACCAUAGGCAGGCACGUGAAGGGAUACCACUAUAUCAUCGCUAACUUGGGUUUCGUAGAUGGCGACCUCUCUAAAAUCCAGUAUGGAGGUGCAAAUGUGUCUGGGUUUCAGAUAGUAGAUUUUGAUGAUCCUGUGGUGGCAAAGUUUGACCAGCGAUGGGAGGCUUUGGAAGAGAAGGAGUAUCCCGGAGCUGAUGCACGGAUCAGGUAUACCUCAGCCCUCACCUAUGAUGCUGUCCACGUGAUGACUGAGGCGUUCCGCUUCCUUCACAAGCAGAGAAUAGACAUGAGUCGUCGUGGCAACAGCGGGGACUGUCUGGCCAAUCCAGCAGUUCCCUGGGCACAGGGGGUGGAGAUCGAACGUGCCCUCAAACAGGUGCGUGUAGACGGUUUAACAGGGAACAUUCAGUUUGACCAGUACGGGAAGAGAAUCAACUACUCAGUGACGGUCAUGGAGCUGAAGAACAACGGACCCAUUAAGAUUGGCUACUGGAAUGAGGUGGAUAAAAUGGUGGUGACAAAGUCUGACCUCUACCCCAAUGACACCAUGGGAAUGGAAAACAAGACGGUCAUCGUCACCACUAUACUGGAAGCCCCCUAUGUGAUGCUGAAGAAGAACGCUGAGCUGUUUCAAGACAAUGACCGUUAUGAAGGUUACUGCGUUGACCUGGCCACAGAGAUUGCAAAGCACUGUGGUAUACGCUACCAGCUAAGGAUUGUGGGAGAUGGCAAAUACGGAGCACGAGAUGCAGAAACCAAGAUCUGGAAUGGUAUGGUCGGAGAGCUGGUGUAUGGGAAAGCAGAUAUAGCAGUUGCUCCUCUGACCAUCACUCUUGUUCGUGAAGAGGUGAUCGAUUUCUCCAAACCCUUCAUGUCUUUGGGAAUCUCCAUCAUGAUCAAGAAGCCGCAGAAAUCAAAACCAGGAGUCUUCUCCUUCCUGGACCCACUGGCCUAUGAGAUCUGGAUGUGCAUUGUCUUUGCCUACAUAGGAGUUAGUGUUGUACUCUUUCUGGUAUCCAGAUUCAGCCCCUAUGAGUGGACGCUGGAGGAGCCAGAGGACGGAGCGAUGCCACUGACAACCGAAUCCAACAAUGAGUUUGGGAUCUUUAACUCCCUUUGGUUCUCUUUGGGUGCUUUCAUGCGGCAGGGUUGUGACAUCUCACCAAGGUCUCUGUCAGGUCGUAUAGUGGGAGGUGUGUGGUGGUUUUUCACUCUGAUCAUCAUCUCAUCAUACACUGCCAACCUGGCUGCCUUCCUGACGGUGGAGAGGAUGGUUUCUCCCAUCGAGAGCGCUGAAGACCUGGCUAAACAGACAGAGAUAGCCUACGGAACCCUGGACUCUGGAUCCACCAAAGAGUUCUUCAGGCGCUCUAAAAUCGCCUUGUUUGACAAGAUGUGGCAAUACAUGAAAUCAGCAGAGCCUUCCGUCUUCGUCAAGAAAACGUCGGAGGGUGUCCUGCGUGUUAGGAAGUCCAAAGGGAAGUACGCCUACCUGCUGGAGUCCACCAUGAACGAGUACAUAGAGCAGAGGAAACCUUGCGACACUAUGAAAGUGGGAGGAAACCUGGACUCCAAAGGCUACGGCAUCGCCACGCCCAAAGGAUCCCCAUUAAGAGUGCCAGUAAACCUUGCCGUAUUGAAACUGAAUGAGCAAGGGACCCUAGACAAGAUGAAAAACAAGUGGUGGUACGAUAAAGGAGAGUGUGGCUUCAAGGACUCCACCAAUAAGGAGAAGACCAGCGCCCUGUCUCUCAGUAAUGUAGCAGGAGUCUUCUACAUCCUGGUUGGAGGUCUGGGUCUGGCCAUGAUGGUAGCCCUGGUAGAGUUCUGCUACAAGAGUCGUGCUGAGGCCAAAAAAAUGAAGAUGAAAUUCACAGAUGCAAUGCGCUCCAAAGCUCGUCUAUCCAUCACAGGAUCGACUAGUGAGAAUGGUCGUGUCCCGGUGGCUUACCUCCGUCCAGGAUUACCCAUGAGCCUCAGCAUGACUGAUCUGUCCUGACCACACCCGAGCCAGUGCCUUACAGCCAAUCGACACACAUCCUCCCCCACCCCUCUGAAAGUGAGCGGAAAUGCUCGUCAUCUCCUUCGGUGACCAAUUACCACUCACCGUGGGUGAUCUGCCCAGAUUUCCAAUCCGGAGAUUAGCCAAUCACAUCUCUCUGAGGACUCCUGAUCUCGCUCUUUUAACAUCUAGCCUACAAAGACUGGACAGAUGUUGUCCUCCCACCACUUGGCUGUCAGGCUUUAGCAAAGACCUGCCCACCUAAGAAAGUGAAUCACUCGACCAUCAGCGAGAAUGAUGGCUGGUCAUUUACAAAUUCAUGAAAAACAAUCAAGCACAGUUGGACAGUUUUCUAAACAAAACACACAUCAUUGUUUCAUAGAUUUUUGCCAUGGAGGCUAUAGAAACUAAGGACAAGAGGGAUGCUGACGUUAACGCAAUAACAACACCAAUCAGGGAUGUAAUCAGGAAUUGUGGAUAUAAAAGCAGAAUCUUGGUUUAAAUGAGUUCAAGUGAACAAAAAAAUGACGUCCUGAAAAAUUGCAUCCAUGAAAUAAUAGUUAUUGUGAUAGCAGAUAAUGAUAAUGAUGUUAUUGUUCUUAAUUGUUUUCUUUAUUUCUGCCUGAAAAUCCCUAAUUAGUAGAGACCCAAGAGAUGCAUGGACUGACACACACACACACACACACACACACACACACACACACACACACCCCAGUAUGAACACAUACACUAUACACAGGGAUGGGCACAAACGAGUCAAAAUGUAUGUUGAUGCGAAAUAAUCACAAUUUAUUUUAAAGCCCCUUUGUGUUGGAUUUGAGCAUUUCUGAUUUGGUGACACUUAACGGUAGCAUCAAGGAACACCAAACAAAUGCAACCCAGGGACGCUGAGAAUAACUGGUGCAGUCCAGGUGUUGCUUUCUACCCAAUUUUCAACGGGAUGGACUCCUUUUUCUAAUAGUUUGAAAAGACAACAUAUAACAAUCCUUCACCUUCACUCCUUCAUGAUUAACCUACUCAUAGACGGAUUAAAUGAUCAACCGAAAGCCAAAAAAAACCAUUAACUUCACAAUUAUUCAGACACAAUUAUACUACUUAUAUUUGAUAAAUUAGCAUUUGGUUAUUACGAGUUUAACAGUAUCCUAUUAAUGCGUUGUUUAUAAUGAUAGUUUAGACUGUGUGAAGCACACAACUCUUCUACCGUACGAUAGUCAGAUAGCAUAUGUGAAGUCAGUUAAACUACUUUUUAAUAUCCAGUGUUAACAACAGUAUUACAUGUAUUGUAUUUGUUUAAUUAGAUAUUUUGUAGUGUAGGGUCAGCCACAGACCAAAAACACUGCACUUCGAUGUAGUGAACACAGAGAACACGAGGUAGUGUUUGUGGGUGAGAAAGCAACGGGAGAUUGACAGGGACGUGGCGGCGAUGUCUAAACUGGGCUGAAUAUGAGAGAAACACACUCGCUAACACAGAGCUGGAAGUUAAGACCUGCAAACUGCAAUUAGAAAUGAACUGUGGCAACAUUGUCCGGUUAUAGCCAACCUGGUAGGGGUUGAAUCAAAUGUUAAAUAACACUGCAUUUGUCUGAGGUUGACAUCAGCUACCUUAACCCAAACACAACAGUCUAGUGUAUCUGCUUUCAGGUCAGUUUCAGUGUAAAGCCUCAGACUCUUGACUUUAAAAUGUAAUUCAUGAAGCUGUUUCUCUCUCUGACUGUGCCAGUAAUCUUUGUCUGUGCGUCAAGUGUUGCAAGUAGAGGCAGUGCAGCGUUACAUUGCACUAGCUAACGGCCAAGACACAGUACCCAGUGUUCAGAUGCUUGGUCUCUGUGGGUGUUGGGUAUGUGGGUGUAGUAUUGACUGUGCAAGAUUUCAAAUGUAGUGAAAGCGUCACGACAGCAGCAGCUUCAUCAGUUGGAUUUGUACUGUAGUGCACUCAGGAGUGUAUGGCAGUCACUGUAGUUCUAGAAAAUAGACUUGAAGUGUGAAAAUAUGUUUGACAGACAUCAGACGUGCAUGGGGGUGGAUGACUGAAACGUGUCAGAAACGUGUAAGGUGUAGUCAGUGUUUUAAACAGCUGGCUACCAGCCCAGAUAUCAGGUAUUGUUCUGUCAUUCACAAUGGGUUAGGGUUAGGGUUAGGGUUACUGUGCUGAGAUUUGCUAACAUCAGUACUUUUUGCGUUGCAGUUUAUGGAUCCUGCUGGCAUGACAUGUUAAAUAUGCUCCUUACCUAUCUUACAGACAAACGACUACAUGUGCUUGAUUUAGACUGUUGCAGCACCGCUCUACCAAAGCACACAUUAUUAUAUUAGAUAUUGAACGCACUCUGCGCAUUGAACAGGGACAACACACAUAAAUAUUGUAAACACAGGAAGAAAUGCAACAGAUGUAAUGCAUACCGGGUGUCUAGAUAGAUAGAUAGAUAGAUAGAUGGACGGACGGACAGAUAGAUAGAUAGAUAGAUAGAUAGAUAGAUAGGGGAAAGGGUCUAUUUCUAUUUUUUAUUUGACUUUCUUUUCUCUCUUCAGGAACAUGUCUUUAUUUCAUACAGCCUUUGCGACUAUAUUUGAUCGUGAGAUCUUUGGCCUCAGGCACUUUGGUGUUACGGUGCUGGCUUUUGCACUCUGUAAAUUGGCAUUUCAAUUUUUCUCUUUUACAAAAUGAAAAUGUAAAUAUUCACCCUGCAGUGGAAUUAGCUGAUGUUAUUCAAACCAACACCAUCGUUACUGUUGAUCGCAGCUUUCUCUGGGUUGCUGUAAAUGAAAUGAGUCCCAGUUAGCUGCAGUAAAACUUGACUUCAUGUGUAAAUCCCCCCCCCCCAUUCUCAUGCAAUAACAAGAGGAUUAGAAAGAAGAUAAAUGAACACAAUCAGAAUGUCUAACUGGGAGAUCUAGACAAUAUAUUUACCCUAAUAGCGCCCAUCCCAUUCAUUUUCAUCUCUCUAGAUUAAGAUAACACAUCAUCAGGGUCAGCUCCUCCAGAGCCACAGAAGACAUUAUACAUGUGUUUCCACGUACUGAGGAGUAUGACCAUUUAUAUAUAUAUGUUCAUAUAAAUAUAGUACUUCAAAUACAUGUGACUAAUACUGCCCACCCCUGUCUAUAGGUCAGCACACCAAUACACAUCCCCAAUCAGCUAGACUGUACAUCAGCACACACUGACAUACAUGAUCACACCUGCACAUGCACCGACAGUGUUGUCAUAGGAGUUCUGAAGCCAACUGGAUGACAUGCCAAACAGAAUGAGAACCAAUCAGAGCUCUCCAUGCUCAGCCAAUGGCAGCUGCUGAUACUGAAAACCUGAGCCAAUAAGGAGCUCUCACUGCUGUGAGGUGGACAAGAAACUGUGAACAAAGACCUUCCUUUUAAUAAAUAUACUGCACUGACGAUGGCAACGGAGACGAGGAGGACGAAGAGAGGACGAAGAGAACGUUUGCAUGUCACUUUGAGUUUUUUCUUUCAGAUGAACUUGUCAGCCUGAAGCUUUACGCCUGGCUGCAUUUUAGUGUUUAAUAAUGAUAGUAAUAAGAAUAAUAUUAACAAUAUUAAUUGCAGUAUUAAUGUGGUUCUUGUUAUGUAUAGUGUAUGUUUUUAAGAACUCAAGUCUGCUGUUUUCUUUCACCAGGAAGCUGUUAUUUGUGCUGUUAGUGAGAAGCUAGCUGGUUAGCUGAAAAGCUUCUCCCACAUCAUGAUAAAUGCCCAAGACGUGAUAUAAACGUCUGGUUUAAGUGACGCUGAAAAUGUCAAGGUAUCGACUUCCAUUUCUUUUCAUGGCCUCAUAUCAUUUUUACAUAGACCAUAAUGUGGUAAUUAUCAGAGAUAGGAGAGAUAAUCAAAUGAUGAGGAGUUCCUACAGAAUCCCAAAUAUGUCAACCACUGAGAGAAAUGAUCACUCUGGUAUAAUUUCAUUUUCUAUUAAACUUAUCGUUUUUGACCAA